UUCGAGUUAACCGGAAUGUAACGGCGCUUUUCCAAUCUCCAAUUGGAGUCCGCGUGUAGUUUCUGUCUUGUGUUAAUUGUAUUAUUUUCCCCGCUUUUCCGCUUUUUUGCGUUCCGUGUGCAAGGAAAUGAGUUUGCAGGACGAGAGUUUUCCGGCGGACGAGCUGUUUGACCAGCUGAACAAUUUAAGUAGCGGUGGCGCCAGAAACACCUGGUUCUCGGAACACCAUCAGCCGGCCGCCUUUAAGCGGGAUCCGGCGCCAUUUUUGGAGAUCGUCUACGCGGAUGCGGAUUUCGAUGCGGAUGGGGAUGCAGAUGUGGCCAACAAGAGCGCCAAAACUUGCGUUAGCGAUCCCGUGGGUCGCGAUCAGGAGGAUGAAGAUGAGGAUGAGGACGAUGAUGAGGAUGUCGAUGGUGAUGGCCGUAAACUGGGUGGGGAAAAGGCACCGUUGGGAAGCGGACGCUCCAGCAAGGCGGUCUCCUACCAGGACAUCCACUCGGCGUACACGAAGCGCCGCUUUCAGCACGUGACCAGCAAGGUGGGCCAGUACAUAGCGGAGAUCCAGGCGCAGGACCAAAAGAGACGCAAUGCGGCAUUAACCGGCAUCCAGCGGGUCAACUCCAUGCCAGAAAGUCUAACGCCCAAUUCGCAGCGGGCGUUUGACCAUGAUGAUGAAUUCAAGGUGCACAACUGCCAGACGCCCACCAACGCGAACUGCAAUGCCAAUUCGAACAACUCCAGCUGCAACUAUGAGCGAUUGGUGGCCGAGAACGAGAGCCUGCACCAGGAGAUCGAGGCACUGAAGGUCGAGGCGAAGCGCCUGCAGACGGUCAACGUCUUUGUCCAGGAACGACUGCAAAGAAAGAUGGAUGAUUUCCUGAAUGUAAAGCGCAAUUUCGAGAACCUGCGCAACGAGCUUAGCGAUUGCCAGCAGAAGCUGAGACGCCAGCAGGGCUACUCACAGCAAUCCCUGAACUACAUUCAACCGGCGACCUUCGCCAAGGCCACACAAACGGAUUCCCUGGUGGCCGCCAUCUCUGCGUCCGGCAAUGGCCUUGUCACACCCCAUCCCCUGGGCAACCUGACGUACAACAGCAGCAAAGGAUCCAUCGAGAUGGCACUGCUAAGUGUGAUGCCCUCUGCCCGGGUGGCCCAGAAUGCCGGCCACAGCCAACGCGUGAUUCACCCACAAUCCUUGGACUUUAGCAGCGUUAGCACUGAAGCUGAUGGCAGCGGUAGUGGCGAACCUCGUGUGAACUCCGUAUCCAGACCGUUGGUCAGAAGAACCCCGGCGCCCAACAACUCGGAAACCAGUCAGCCGAGCAGCAACGACUCGGCCAUCGAGGUGGAGGGCCACGAGGAUGACCGGCCCAGCUCCAGGCGGCAGUGGACCCACCAGGAGGAGCGCACCUCCUCCCGGCAAUGGGAUCAUCAGCACGAGCGCAUGUACUACUUUGACAAGCGCAACAACCGAGUCAUUGAGGUGAUGGGCUUCAACAUCAGUCAGGGUCGGAAUCAGAGCCGAGACACCAUUCACAAUCAGAGCAUCAGCGAUAGCCAGGCGCAUCUGCUGGUCCACUCGAUGUCGCAGUCGCAGGUGGAGACGCAUGUCCACUUUAGGAGCAAGAGAACGACACUAGGCAGCCGGGUGCUCCGAUUCCUGGGGCCCUGCGUUCGCUGUCGCAAUGGUUCCAAUGGGGAGCCAAUGAACGGCAGCAAUGCCACAUACACGGUGGCUUUGCCUCCGAUGUCGGAGGAGGAGUUCAUAGACCCAAGGAACCAGCGUUAGUCCCUCCCCCCCUUAUUUCUAAUCUUUUAUUUAUUUUUUGUAUGUAUAAUCAUAUCUUGUUAUUUUAUGUCGCGUUAAGUUAUCCAUGUAGUGCAAAUUUUAAAUGCCACCGUAUUCAGUUAACCAAUAUGUGCAUGAAUGUAUAAUCAAAUUAAAAAAAUCGUAAGUAACUUUCCCCAAAAAAAAUAGGAAACUUUUUUGCAAAUUGUA